AUGUCCGAAAUUAAUGACAAAAAGUUAUUGAUUAAAGCAAAUAGUAAGAGAAAGCAACAGACAGAAUCUGAAGAGAAUCCCCAACCACUAUUGACGACCGAAGAUAGCGUAAAGAAAGAAGAUAGGUCGAAAAAAAGAUUCAGAACAAACGUAGAUGACGCCAUAAAUGAUCAUAUGGAUGGGACUUAUUCGGAUCAA